CCCGCACCAUCCUCCUCCUCUCUGUCUAACCCGAGCCUGUGACACGUAACUUAUGUCCCUUUCACAGACGUGACCAGGCAGGAAACCUCCACCUGGGUCCGGGAGAGAAGAGACCAGACUUUUCUGACUCCCCGUACCAAAACAAAACCUUAUUUAUUUCCGAAUAUUUUGCAGCAUGGAGCCGAGAGACGCGUCUGCAGCUGCUCUAGUGAGCAGUGAUGGAGAGGAACAAGCUGCAAAGAAGGAUGCGGCUCCUAAAAAAGAUGCACCAGACACAAAAAGCAAGAUGGAGAGGAUCUUCGGGUUCAGGAAGGAGGACCUGAGCUCCUGGCACAGCUUGGUGACCCUACUGAACCGUCCCACUGACCCUGCAUCCCUCGGUAUCUUCCGCUGCUUGUUUGGUUUGCUGAUGGCCAUCGACAUCACGCAGGAACGUGGCCUCAGUCACCUGGACUAUAAGUACUUGGAUGGUGCCCCCGUGUGCCGCUUUCCCCUCUUCAAUGCCUUAAAGCCGCUGCCGCUGGACUGGAUGUAUCUGGUGUAUGUCAUCAUGUUUCUCGGUGCUUUGGGCAUCAUGCUCGGCUGUUUCUACCGUCUCUCCUGCCUCAUGUUCAUCUCAACAUACUGGUACAUCUUCUUUCUGGACAAAACGACGUGGAACAACCACUCGUACCUGUACGGCCUCAUCGGGUUUCAGCUCACACUCAUGGAUGGCAACAGAUACUGGUCCAUUGACGGAUUGCGGAGGCCCUCUAUAAGAAACGCUCACGUGCCUCUGUGGAAUUACACCUUGUUGAGGACACAGAUAUUUAUUGUAUACUUCAUUGCUGGGAUCAAAAAGCUGGAUGCUGAUUGGGUGGAGGGAUACUCGAUGUCGUACCUGGCUCACCACUGGCUGUUUGAUCCUUUCAAAGCGAUUCUCCCUGUGGAGUUGGUGAAUCUGCUGGUGGUGCACGGAGGCGGCCUUAUUCUGGAUCUGACCGCCGGCUACCUGCUGUUUUUUGAUGUCACACGACCGUACGGGUUUUUCUUUGUCAGCUACUUCCACUGUAUGAACUCUCAGCUCUUCAGCAUCGGGAUGUUCUCCUACACUAUGCUGGCCACCAGUCCCCUCUUCUGCUACACCGACUGGCCGAGAAGAUUCUUCGCACGUUUCCCAGCAUUCCUCGGGGCAGUCCUGCCACUCACCUCCCCGGACCCUCAGCCCAGCACUUCCUGUGUUUACAGUGAGACGCAAAGCACCAGCACAGAUCGCCAGGAGACCCCAUCCGCCCCCAAAACUUCCAAACUGAGACUUAAACACAAGCUGGCAACCAUUUUUACUUUUAUCUACAUAGCAGAGCAGUUCUUCAUGCCUUACUCGCACUUCAUCACACAGGGCUACAACAACUGGACCAACGGCUUGUACGGCUACUCGUGGGACAUGAUGGUUCACUCCCGCAGCCAUCAGCACGUGAAGAUCACAUACAAGGACGGAGAAAGUGGGGAGAUUGGUUAUCUGAACCCAGGGGUUUUCACACAAAGCCGUCGCUGGAAGGACCACGGAGACAUGCUGAAGCAGUACGCCACGUGCCUCCAUCAGUUCCUGCCCCGAUAUAACAUCACUGAUCCCGAAAUCUACUUUGACAUCUGGGUGUCCAUCAAUGAACGCUUCCAGCAAAGGAUCUUUGAUCCUCGUGUGGACGUCGUUAGAGCCGACUGGUCACCUUUCCAACCGAACAAAUGGCUGAUGCCUUUACUGGUGGACCUCUCACCCUGGAGGACCAAGUUCCAGGAGAUUGAGGGUAGUUUGGACAAUCAAACUGAAAUCGUCUUCAUCGCCGACUUCCCAGGUCUCCACUUAGAAAACUAUGUAAGUGAAGAUCUGGGCAACACCAGCGUCAGUGUGUUACAGGGCAAAGUGAACGUUGAGAUAGUGGAGGAGAAGAAGAACUACACUCUUCAGCCCGGUGAGCAGAUGAAGGUACCUGCUGGGGCUUACCAUAAGGUGUACACAGUGUCUGAGGACCCGUCUUGCUACAUGUACAUCUACGUCAACACCACAGAGGCGGCGCUACAGGAGAACUUCACCAAGCUGUUUGAGCUUCAGGAGCGCGUUCGCAACGGGACAGAAACAGAGCCCCUGCCUCCUGAACUGCAGCCGCUUAUGGCUGCAGACGAUGAUGAGGUCAACGCCACUGACCCAAUUGUGCAGCUGUUCCUAAAGAGGCAACGCCGCAUGAAGGAGGUGAAGAAACGCAGGGAGGCCAGUGUGCUGGAGCGACUGGAGCGCUUUGCAGUGAAAAAGUACUAUACGAUACGGAGGGGAUUCCUGAUGACAGCCAUCGCUAUGAGAAACCUGGCAGUGGGUCUCCCAAAUGUCGAGCAGUUGACCAGAGAAGUUGCCUUCGCCAACAUGAAAGCGCCCGAGGCAGUAGCCAACCAGGACGAACGGCUGAAAGAUGAAGUCGGUCACGGAGAACUCUAAAGCUGUUGUUGGUACCAAAGAUACUGUGUUGAAUUCCUUGAUUGCGCACAUCAAACGGGUGUGUGCGUGUUGUUACUACUGGACUGUUACUGUGACAUUGCCGCCCAGAAAUCAAAGGAUUUUUAAUUUUCUAUGCUUCUGAAAUUUUCUGCAUUUCAGAUUAUUUCCAAAUGAAAAGUCAGUAUUUUUCUUAAAGAACAUAAGCAGACAUGUUUCUGUUGAAGCUCGGCUGAAGGUGAAUACUGUAUGUUAACAGAUAUGCAACACUUUGCUGUGCAAGAUCACAUUUCCUGUUUUUUCAAUUUUGCUCAAGAAUUUUUUGUAAUUGCAAAUGUGGCUCGGUGACAUGGCCAAAUAGACAUUUAUAACAAAAUAUUGACAAUUGAUUAAAGUAGCACGAUGACAGAUCAAGUUUGCAUUGUAUGAUCUACGAGGGGAUCUCAUCUUAAAUACACUGAACUUUAGUGCAUCUGGUUUUGGAUGAAAACAAAGUUAUUACUGAAGAGUUUUAAGUUUUAUGGGGACAAUUUUUGGCGAACAUACUGACAUGAACAGGACUGGUAGGUAACUAACCUGUUUGUUUAUCGUUCUGCUCUAAUUUCAGUAAUUUUGGCCUAAACAUAACAAGCACAUUAGAAAAUUUACUGUAAGAUAUGUGGAGGUUUACUCUGUUUUAAGGGAACAGGCUUCUCUGGUAUUUUACCCCAUAAUGUGAGAAAUACUGAGAGAAGUACACAACAGUUUGUCACUUUUCUAGUCACUUUUUCUAAUAAAGUUCAUGUGUCAAUACAUUUUGAUGUUAUUUUAAUUAAAAAUCAACUUGAACUUUCACUUUGACAAACGAGGUUUGUGGAAAUAAUGAAUUUUAUUGGAGUCAGUACUUUACAUAUUGCCCAUCUUAAAGUGCUACAGUAGAAUUCCAGUGUUCACUGUAGGUCGACAUUAUGGCACAUUAAUGAUACUUUAGACAAAGUCAGAGCACAAACCAAUGACUGUAUAUAAAGACGGACAGAUGGCUACUCCCCAAAACGGUCGUUUUUUAGAUUGUAACCCCAGAUUUUGGAAAACUACGGUGAGAUUUUGUGUUCCUUGUCUCAAGUGAUCAUUUUAACCCAAACCAUUAUCUUUUCUAAGCAUAUAAAGUGCUUUUUGGGCUGCAACCGCAGCGUUAUCACACCUUAAAACAGUGAGAUAAAAAUAUUUUGAAGCGGCCUGCAAGAACAAUUAAGGGUUACAAUUUAGCUUUGACCUUCCAAAAGUGAAACCAAAACAUCACGAUCGCCCCCCUUUUGGCUGGCUGCAGUACAGGUCAUAAACCUCCAGCCUUCAAUCUUAGCAGAUGGGACUUGGGCCAAACUAAAAACUGGAUAACACAUCAACUAAACUUUUCUCAAAGAUUGUUUCUGUCAUUUUACAUGGUUUCUAUUGUCAUGUAAAACCUGGAACGUCACUUAAAUUCACAAUCUCAUUUCCCUGGUCUGGAAAAGUCAUGGAUUUAGUAAAAUUCUUAAAAGUUUUGAAAAUUUGUCGUGAGUACUAAAAUAAAUAAUCUUGUGUUGAUAUCCUUCCAGGUAAUGUAACGACAAAUAUAUUUUCUGUAGCUGUUGACAUAAUGUACAACUCACAUGUGGCGAUGUGUGACAACAUGUAGUCAUGACCGUAUUUUAACACAUGGGUUGAUGAAUCCUAAAAUUUACAUAACUUUACAAUGCCCCACUAAAACUUCUAAACUACACAGCUUUUUGGAGAAUAAUGUUAGUGUUACACAUUGUGAAUCCUCAUGGAAAUUUUAUUAUAGGUCCAUGAAAAGUCAUGGAAAGGUUGAGAAAUUUUCUCCAUGAAAAUGUGUGGGGUAAGUGUUUGUUUUCCUGGUAAGUUUGGCUUAAAUCCAUUAAAUUUAAUUAUUUUACUUAAUUAAAACUCCGGCUCCAAAGAGAGAUGGCAGUGCCCGCAUUUAGAAUAUUUUUUUCAUUUUCAAACAACGGGAGGUAGUGCAUUGUCCAUCUAUAUAUACAGUCUAUGGCACAAACAGUACAAGGAUACAUAAUAUAAAUACAUAUAAAUCUACAAGAUGGAUCUCUAGGAAAUGAUUUACUUCAUUAAAACAUAAAAUCAUGAUCUGUUUAGUUGAGGUUAAAUGCUCAGGAUUCAUUUAAUUUAGUAUAAAUAUGUAGUUGAUCUGAUCUGUAGUGGAGGUCCAGUCACAUGAAGAAAAAAGUGUAAUAAUUACUGCCCAAAAACUGACAUGCAACAUAAUGUUUCACAAAAGCAUUUCAAGUGUUCACAGCAGGAGAUGGUUUGCACUGAUUGAGGAACAUAAAGACAGUCUGUGUUUAAUAUUGCACAGUGUUUUACUGGUACUAAGUCUUAAAUCACAUUUUAAAAUGUCAAACUAAACAUUUUGCAUCCCUUUAUGACGGGUGACUUUGACUAUGUCUCUAAUCACCACAAGUGAAAAACUGGCCUUUAUAUUAUGUGUAAAUUCAACAUUAAACUUAACAGGACUGGUAUUAGUGUUAGAUACUGGCCUUGACGCAGUGUUAUUGAAGCUUUUUCUCUACUCGCAUAUGCAAAUCAAACAUGAUUCUCAUUU